CUGUGAAACAGCCUCAGAAAGGCAGACACAGAGAGGGCAGAUGCGUCGGCCCUCUGCCGGAGGGGGUGCUUAUUAUAACAAAUAUAUAUGCACACAUGAGUGAACGGUUUGGCUGCACGAUAGCUCAUAUGUGGGUAAUAAUUAUUUUAGAAACGCAUACCACUGCAGCUCUACAUUUAAAAUGCCUAUUUUAGUUUUUCUGUUAGACACGUCCGCCUCUAUGAAUCAGCGCACUUAUUUGGGUACGACGUAUCUGGACGUUGCUAAAGGCGCGGUUGAGAUCUUUAUGAAGCUGCGUGCCCGAGACCCGGCUAGUAGAGGCGACAGGUACAUGCUAGUUACAUUCGAUGAGCCACCAUACGGAGUGAAGGCAGGCUGGAAGGAGAACCACACCACCUUCAUGUGUGAGCUGAAGAACCUGCAGGCAUCCGGGCUCACCACCUUAGGACACGCCCUGCGCGCAGCCUUCGACCUGCUCAACCUCAACCGCCUUGUCUCUGGAAUCGACAACUAUGGACAGGGCCGUAACCCGUUCUUCCUCGAGCCGUCCGUCAUCAUCACCAUCACUGAUGGGAACAAGCUUACGAACAGCUCCGGCGUGCCGGAUGAGCUGCACCUGCCCCUCAACUCUCCCCUGGCGGGCAGCGAGCUCACCAAAGAGCCGUUUCGCUGGGACCAGCGGCUGUUUGCGCUGGUGCUGAGGCUGCCUGGAGCCGCCGCGCCAGACAACGAGCAGCUCGGCAGCGUCCCCACAGACGAGUCGGCCAUCACGCAGAUGUGUGAAGUCACUGGAGGACGGUCGUACUGCGUGCGGACCCAGCGGAUGUUAAACCAGUGUCUGGAGUCUCUGGUCCAAAAGGUCCAAAGCGGCGUCGUCAUCAACUUUGAGAAGACCGGGCCGGAUCCGCCUCUGGUGGGAGAAGAUAGCUCUGUGGAGCCCGGCCGUCCCGUUUCCUCCUUCAGCCCCCAGCCCUGGCACAGCUGCCACAAACUGAUCUACGUUCGCCCAAACCCAAAGACGGGGGUCCCGGUCGGCCACUGGCCCAUCCCCGAGUCUUUCUGGCCGGACCAGAACUCUCCAAGCCUGCCCCCCCGCACCGCUCACCCCGUGGUGCGCUUCUCCUGUGUGGACUGUGAGCCCAUGGUGAUCGACAAGCUUCCCUUCGACAAGUAUGAACUGGAGCCGUCGCCGCUCACCCAGUACAUUCUGGAAAGGAAGUCCCCACACAUGUGCUGGCAGGUGUUCGUUAGCAGCAGCGGGAAGCAGAGCGACCUUGGAAAGCCGUUUGGCUACCUUAAAGCCAGCACCACUCUGACCUGUGUUAAUCUGUUCGUCAUGCCUUACAACUAUCCAGUCAUCCUGCCGCUCCUCGAUGAUUUGUUCAAAGUCCACAAACACAAACCAAACCUGAAGUGGCGGCAGGCUUUCGAGAUGUACCUAAAGACGAUGCCGCCGUACUACAUGCUGCCCUUAAAAAAGGCAAUGAGGAUGAUGGGCGCCCCGAACCUCAUCGCAGACUCCCUGGACUGCGGCCUGAGUUACAGUGUCAUUUCAUACCUGAAGAAGCUGAGCCAGCAGGCCAAAAUCGAAUCGGACCGCCUGAUAGUGUCUGUGGGGAAAAAAGCGCCUCAAGAAACGGGCAUCAAGGUGAAGAACCACUCCAGCUCUCUCUCUCUGGCCCACCGGCGGGACUUCAAGCAGCUGCUGCAGGGGAUCACCGGGGAGGGGCCUCUCCGUCUGGCCGACAUCAACUUCAAAGAGUUCGCAGGCUUCCAGAUCGCUCUUCUCAACAAGGACGUAAAACCUCAAGCCUACCGCAACGCGUACGACAUCCCAAGGCGGAACCUCCUGGAUCAGCUCACCAGAAUGCGCACCAACUUGCUGCGGACCUCAUUAAAGCUGAUCCGAGGUCAAGAUGAAGACUUUCUGCACAGCAUUCCCGUGGCUCAGAUGGGAAACUACCAGGAGUACCUCAAGAUGAUGCCGUCCCCUCUGAGAGAGAUCGACCCCGAUCAACCCAAACGGCUGCACACGUUUGGGAAUCCCUUCAAGCAGGAUAAAAAGGGCAUGAUGAUAGACGAGGCGGACGAGUUUGUAGCGGGCCCUCAGAACAAGAAGAGGGGACACUCCGGGGAUUCCAACUCCAGCGGCACCAUGAAGCGAAGACGGAGCAUGUCCCCGUUGCUGCGGCGGCCCCUCGCCCCACCAGGGGGCGCCAACCACGUGGUGCUGGGGAAGAGCCCGGCUGGGGUUCAAGGCCAGCAGAAUCUCCUCAAGCCCACGCCGCAGCACAAAGGAACAGAAGGCAGGGACGUGGUGGUCACUGAGAGCAACGGCGACGGCGGCCUCGGCCUGGACCCCGGUGAGAUCUGGCCCACCGAGGCGGACGCAGACGCGGUGAGUCCAUCUUCGCUGGUCUUGGAGGAAAAGGCUGGAAUAGUGACGUCGUAUGAGGAAGAGGAAAGCGCUCUGGUGGAAGAUGCCCUGGUGGAAGACCAUCUGGAAGAGCAGAUGAUGGAGGACAGACACAACUGUGACCGCCUGAGUCCCCAGAGCGAGCUGGACGGCACCGAGGAGGACCUCGGUGCGCUCAACACCAUUUACAUCGCCCCGCUGGACGGUUGCCAAGCAGAGUUACGGAGCCGAGUCAUCAAGGAGGUGCGCAAACCCGGACGAAACUAUAAACCCAUACUGGGUCUGCUGCAGCAGGUGAAAGGACCAGCAAAUGUCCGAAAGUACUUCAUCCAACAUGCAAUCAAAGAAGCUGUGAGGUUCAAAAAGCGAGUAUUGAUCCAGCAGCUGGAAAGCACCCUGGCUGAACUGGAGGAGGACAAAGCGCCGUGCUCACAGCUGGCCAACGACCACGGCAGGUAGUGACGGCAGGGACCGCCGAGGCUCCUGUCUCCUGACGUUUUCGUUGCCGCCGGGUUUCAUCACCACAAAAGACGUCUGUCGACAGGCGGCCUCAGAAAAGGGCGAGCAGAGGAGUCGGAGGCACAAAGAGGAAACGCACGGCGGGCGGUGCUGGGACCAAUGCGUUGGUAUGGACGGAGCAGAGGCGCGCUCUAGAUGACCUUUGACUCGUCCAGCAGACUCUCACGGCCCAUCAGGGCAGCUCCUUUAACGUGUCAGCGUAGAGAAUAUACUGGAUUCCCUCGGCUCUUAGUCUUUGCAAACAGACCUUUUUCAGCUGGUCUGAAAAGCGUUUUUAUUUCUAAAAAGAAGAACAGCAACAACUUCUCGUGACGAAAAA